AUGCUGAUGCCAACUUGCAUGGAAUGUAGACUAGAAGGGCAGUGGCGCUUGCUCGCUCCUGUACGAGGCCCAAGAGUAGGUAACUUCCAGAGCUCCAAUAGCCUCUGCCAUCCCCUUCGUAUUCCCAUCUCCCUGUUCACAACCUCCCUCGCUUGUGAGAGAGCGUCCACCUCAGUACUUCUCAUCACUUCUGCUCACUAUCCUAUUAGAGCCGUCGGCCAGGAUGGUUGCCUCCAUCGUCUUAACAAAUCCCGUCAACUUGCUACAGUCCUCUUCCUCCUCUUCGCCAUCCUCUUCCUCAGGGUAUUUGUGCCAUCGACCAGCCCUUUCACCGCAGUCUCACUGCUCGUCUCCCCUCUCUUGCCGUCCAUCUUGUUGGCCGGUCCUCACUUGCCUUCGAUCGCAGAAGUCUCGGCUUCUGGAAUCGGGAAGUCAUUCUCAGCAGCUUGUCUGCGAGCAGCCGCGAGCUUCACGGAGCAGACUGUUCAUUCAAAUGUAWCCAUGACCGACAGAUCCUUGAAUCCAAGUCGUGUAUAG